AUGCUGAAGAUAUGGUCUAUGAAAAAAGAGCAGCAGAAGGCUGAGAACGGCGGGGAAGCGGCCGCGGGGCAGCCCAAGAAGAAGAAGGAUGCUGAUGUCCCAGACCUCUCCGAACUCUCCCUCGGCUCAACCAUGACCACGGAAUUCCCCGACCCCGACGACAUCCUCAACUUCAUCCUGUACAUCACGCCCGACGAGGGCAUGUACAAAGGCGGAAAAUUCAGCUUCACCUUCCACAUCACACCCGCGUUUCCGCACGAGCCGCCCAAGGUGCAGUGCCGCGAAAAGAUUUACCACCCUAACAUCGACCUCGAGGGUAAGGUGUGCCUGAAUAUUUUGCGCGAGGACUGGAAGCCAGUCCUGAACCUCAACGCGGUGAUUGUGGGUUUGCAGUUCCUAUUCCUCGAGCCGAACGCGAGUGAUCCGCUCAAUAAGGAGGCCGCGGAGGACCUGAGGAAUAACAGGGAGGGGUUUAAGCGGAAUGUUAAGAUUGCUAUGAGUGGGGGGACCAUUCGGGGGGAGACGUAUGAUCGGGUGUUGGUUGCUUAG